UGUUGGGUUAGGUCAGCCCAGAGUAGACAUCGUCGACCGACAUUGUCGGUCAAUCUUGUGAUCGGAGCACGUCUCCGCUUGUUUAUACGCUAGUAGAUAGUGAUUGAAUAUAGACAUAUUUACGGGAUAUUUUCGCGGUGGUAUCGGCCGUUGUCGGCCUUAUCGUACAUUGGAUGUUUCCAUUCGCCGGAGUAAGUUUACCGUGUAGAUUAUAAAAAAAGUAUCCGUCUUUUCCAGAAGAGGAAAAACGAGAAAAUAAUUGAGCAUAACAAUUGUUAUCGAAUUUAUUUUAAUCGCUCCAUUCAUCGCGUCGCGUAAUAUUUUGCGCUUUCUUCUCCGUAUCUCGUCGUCGCAAGUGAUCAUAUUGUGCUCGGCAAGAGUGGAUGGAGUGUCAAAGUGAAGAAAGCUCGUCGCAUGGAUUGUAGCAUGGCAUUGUCCUAUUUUCAAGGGACACAAAUUUACGCAGGAUUCCUGAUCAAUCAGCAUCUGAGCAUGAUGCAGGACGCCGAGCAGCAACCGUUUAACAAUAAUGUGUCGCUAUAUCCGGAACCGAUAUCAAGAUCGGUGGCAAGAUUAUCGGUACUGAACCAGGACUUUCUCACCACUCAAGCGCUGAUAAAGGCAGGACUUCCUCCGUUGCACAGCUUAGCCGCGGCUUCGUCGUUCUUCAAUCAGAAUCUCUUCGUGGACUCGCCAAAUUGGCGAAGACAACAGUCGGCCGGAUCCCCGCCGCCCUCCUCCGUUCAUAUAUCGCCCAUAGUAUCGCCGACUCUCAGCACUUCCAGCAAUUCCACGUCGCAGCGCCUCAGCAUUACCGCCGCCAGCGGCAGCAUCAACGGCGACGACGACGAUAAUAAUCAUAAUAAUAAUAACAACAACAACAAUGUGCCGGGCAGCAAAAAAGGUGGCAGAAGAAAGAGAAAAUCGACCCAGAAUCAACCGUUGAGCACAGAACCGAUCGUUGACCAGCAAAGCACGUUGCAAGGUGUAGCCGAGCUCAACAUCGAACCAUCUCCAACUCCGACUGUUAAUUCGGAGACAGGAUCUCCAACCAUCAGUCCUGAGACAGUAGAGAAAAAGAAUAAGAAGCAAAAUUUUAUUUGCAAUGUGUGCAAGAGAGGUUUCGGUUAUAAACAUGUGCUGCAGAAUCACGAACGCACGCACACUGGCGAGAAGCCUUUCCAGUGUCCGGUAUGCCAUAAAAGAUUUACAAGGGACCAUCAUUUGAAAACACACAUGCGACUUCAUACAGGCGAGAAACCUUACUGCUGCAAAUUUUGCCAGCGGCGAUUUGUCCAGGUCGCGAAUCUCCGUCGUCACGUGCGGGUACACACAGGCGAGCGUCCGUACCUUUGCAGGCAUUGCAAUAAUCGUUUCAGCGAUUCGAAUCAGCUGAAGGCUCAUGUAAUGGUACAUAAUGGUGAGAAACCGUACGAAUGCGAAACUUGCCAUGGACGAUUCAGAAGGCGACAUCAUCUGCAUCAGCAUAGAUGCAACGGCGACAGUAACGGCGGCGACGAAGCGCAAGAAUUUGAAACCGAACCGGAGAACGACGAUAUCGAUAUCGACGGCGAGGAGCAGGAGGAAGCGGAGAAUAUGUCGCACGCCGCCCAGGAAAUUCUUAGAAAGCCGACUCGUCGUGCAUUACCCAGCCCAAUAGUCGACAUCGCUGCGCAGAUCCUUAAUCUACCCGGGCCGUCGAACGCUCAACCUCCCGGACCGUCGAUCGUUCUACCCGAGCAAACCGAGCCCGAGGAUCUAUCCAUGUCCAGGUCACGCAGACACUACUCCAACAGCAGCAACGAUUCGUCGUUGAGCCGUAGCCUCAGCAAAGAUAGCAGUCCUGAACAAGAGGACGAAAAGUACGAGGCCAGCCUGUUCCUAAGACAUACUCGCGCCACGACAAAACGACAACCGUCAUCGCGACAACCGUCAUCGCGACAACCAAGAAGCAACCCCUAACGCCGAUCAGGUGGAGUUUCAGAUAUCUAGUGGAGUUUCAGCGAUAGAAAAAAGUAUCCCGUAAUCGCUUUUCCGUAUCUACCUCUUAUUGUAUCGUUGAAUUUUAAAUAAAUUUGGAUGAUGAUCACGAUUCUCCAUUUUGCUGAACUAGAUAUAUAAUAAAUUUAUUCGCGCGAUUUUAAACAAUUCUUUUUGCGAUUGCUACAUAAAUCGCAUAAAUAUAUAAAGAUGAAAAUCUUUAAAAACCAACGAAAAUGCGCGAAACACUGCAAGGAUACGUAAUAGUCGAACUAUACCUGCGCUUGUCUUUCUUUUCUUAUAAAAUAGUCGGCACAGUUAAAAGAUAAACGAAGGUCUACGGAUAUUAACUUCUUUGAGGAACGGUAUCCCUAUUAUGUCAAGCAAACUAGAAAAUCUUGAUCAUGUCCAGUGUCCGAGUCGAUUUAAAAUUCAAACCGAUCUCCACCUCCGUUACUUCCCACAAUUUCGUCUUGAUCGCAGAGAAUAAGACUCGCAUAAUCGAGAUCUGCUUCUCCGAUUUCCGCCUGCUAUCCUUCGGACGCGCACAGCCGGCUCCGUUAAACAAUCCUUUUCAAAGAGUCCUAGUUUUUUAUGCUAGUUGGCCUCCUCUCGGCCGGUGCGCGUCUUUCGCGCGAACCAGUUUUUCGCGCGAUGAGAUACAUUGGGUCGUGCCGAAAAAUUUUACAGCCGGUCACCGGUCUCUUUUCCUCGAGGCAGAUACGCGCCGCAUCUCCUCGAGAUCUUUUGCCGCUAUUCAAUGCUCGUGAUUUAUGUCCGCGCCGUAGUAUGCAGAUUUUCUAUUCUGACCGCCGACUCGAGGCCACCUAGACACUUCUGUCGAAUCUGUUACGCAUUUCUGGAACAAGACUCCUACACUCCCAUUUCCCAAUUCCCGUUUAGUUUUUCUUCGAUGCGGCGAGAAAGCACGAACAUCUCGAGUUAUAAACUUCACUAUGUCUUUGCGCCCCGCUGGAUGAAAUGGGAGAAAAAGGAGAAGAAAGGAAAACACGACGUCUACAUGUUGCAUGAAUAUCGCUCGGAAUACCGGGUAGGCUAAAUUACCCUCGUUUAUCUUUUGACCGUUUUAUAAAGAAAGAACGACAAGCGCAGGUAUAUAGCUCAACUAUUGCGUCUUCUUGCAUUGUCUCGUAUUUUCGCUGGUUUAAAAAAUUUUCACUUUUAUAUAUUUAUGCAGUUUAUUUAGCAGUUUAUGCAGCAAAAAAGAUAGUUUAAAAUCGCGCGAUAUAUAAAAUAGAAACUAGUUUAAUUCGAGUUAUUUCUUAUUUUUUUCUUAUAUUUUUAAUUUUUAUAGUUCUUAUAUUUCUAAUCUUUGUCUUUUUGAUGUGCGCGUGCUUAAUUAAGGCUUAAGUCAUUUUAUCGAGAUCCCUUUUUCGAAACAUUAAGGAAGUAAUUGAAUCCAAAACAAUUAUUAUAUUCGUUUUUUUAAACGUUCUUUACGCGUUAUAAAAUUUGUGGCAAAUACCAUGCUAUGGAUUUUUUUUUAGUUUCUCAUACCAUCUGUUACACUUUCCUCACAUACUUAAAAAUGUCAUUGACCUCUACAAUGAUAUUUAUUAGUCGUUUAUGUGGGACCAUUCAAGAGUCAUUUUUAUAUCCUGCUCUUAUUCUUGUUUCGCUCUUCUAUGCACACGUUUUUUUAAAUCUUUUUAUGGCACUUCUUUUUAUGUUGUCUUUAUAAAACUUACAAAACACAUUUGUGAGUGAAUCCAUGAAAUGUUAUCUUUCUCUAAAACUAACACAAUCAGAGAAAUACGAGAUACAAAAACGAAAAACUGCAGACUUUUGAUGAUAAGAUAGACGAAAUUUUCGAUUUAUGCAUAGAAGAGAGCAAAAAAAUUUAUUGCAUGGUACAUAAAAUUUAUAAUAUAUAAUAAUAUUCAAAAAGACAAAAAGAAUGAUUAAGUCUGAUUACUUUAUUUCCUUGUUUCAUAAAGAGAAAUCUUGAUAAAAUGGCUAAGUAUAUCUGAUCCAGAAACGCGGAAACUUUCUACAAAAUAUAUUCAUUAUCUCAGUAUAAUUUUGGGACAUGAAUAGUUUGGAACUUUAUUGAAAUGGUGUUAUAUACGGCUUCACGAAAAUUAACCAUCGAAUCUCACUGAUAGAUACUCUCAGAUUUCGCGAAUGUAGUUUGAAUACUACAAACAAAUAAUCUAAUUUUAACCUCUGCUGAAUGCGGGCAAUAAUACCGUCGGGAUAUUUUCAAGUUCUCGAGUUUAUUGUAUAUAGAAACAUCUUCCAAUUCUUCCUAAAUGAAAGAUCAUAUAAACACUCGAUUUACAAAUACUUUACGCGUCUUUGUCUUUUCAUUUUCUUCUUUUGGCAAAUAACAUAAUGUACGUUUAAAUAUUGUGAUAAAAAAACAUCCGAAAUUUUUUGCAUUACAAAAAAUGAAUAAUUGUUCCUCGCGAUUAGACUGCAACAAAAUAAAAUUUCGGAACAGAAUCUCGUUCUUCACAAAGAGAACAUUUCCAUGACGCUUUUCGAUUAAUCGCGACUCUCUUACGCGCGUUUAACGCCGGUAAGUCGUCUCUUCGUUCCGUCGCUAGCUAUCGAGGGUGAGACCGGUUUUCGCCUCGCGAUUGUUGCAAACUAGCCACAAGUAAAAUCGUUAAGCGUUCUCAGUCACGACACUUAACCGUACAUUCGUUCAUCUGUCACCCACCGAAAGAAGAAAAAAAAGAUAAAGGCGCGCGCGAGACUCUUACAUUUGUGAAUUCAGUCUGAUCCUCUAUUCAGAAGAAAGGAGAGAAUAAUUCUCCUUAUGACAAUAAACUAUAGGGAAUUUGAUGUAAGAUCUACUUUUCUUUCAAAGCCUGCUAGCUUCUUGAAUUUUUAAGCCUUUUGGCGGUGAAAAUAUUUCGACGGUAUCAUCGCACGACAGAUGCAGAGAUAACAAUUAAAUUAUUAAUUACUAGCAUUCGAGUUGCAUUCGCGAAAUCAGAGAAUACGAUUAGUAAUUGUUAUAAAGAUUGAAUAUAAUAUCGUUUUGAUAAAAUUUUAAACUACACAAAAAAUGAAAAAAAAAAAAAAAGUUAAAAGUGAACCUGCGUAAGCAGAUCCGACAGAAAUGUAAGUUACAAAUAUUUGGAAUUAGCAAUCUUUAGUUUUAAGAAUUUUUAUAAAUUUAUAUAUCCCAAGGUAUUCUUGCAUUCGACAUAUAAAAUAUAUAUAUGUACACGUAAAGUGUUGAAUUCAUAUCCCAAAAUUAUACUGAGAUAAUGAUAUAUUUUGCGAAAGCUUUCCUCUCUGGUUUUACUUUCAGGUUUCCUCUGCAUAUUCUGGAAUUGUCAUAUAAUUCCUUCAAUUCGAUAACAUGGGACGCGAACAACGUCGAACAAAAUUAGAAUAAUGCGUUAUUUCCGGUUUUACCUCUUGAUUGAUAAUUAUAACUCGUGAGUCAAAAAGUUGGCUAUAUGAAAUUAUAUACAAAUAUCAAUUUAAUUACAGUACAUGUAACAAACGACAUAUGAACAAAUGUAUGUAAUCGUAAUUAUAUUUUAUAGAGUAUUUGAGCGAUUAGAAUACGGAAUAUAAAGAGAUAUAUAGUUAUCACAAGAACAUAAUUCUAUCUUUUGAUAACAUUAUGGCACCUGAUAUAUUUCAAGAUAUUAAGAGUCUUUGAUUUUUCUUUGCGUUAUUAUUUGCUUGGUAAUUCAUCGUUAUUUUUGCUAUCAUAGCAUACGUACAGUACGUUUUGUGUACUUUAGUGCUUAGACAGAUGUCGGAUAUCUCAUAUAUUCUAGACUCUGGAAUCUAACUAGGAGUCUAACAUGAUUAAGUCGGUUCGCUCAGAUAUAAUUAUCAAUCAAGAGGUAAAACCGAAUAAUGGACGUUUUAGUUUUUAUUCGACGUCGAUCGCGUGUAUCACCGAGUUGAAGGAAUUUGAUGACAAUUGAAGCCAUACAUUAUCCAAUUUCUAAACAAAUAUAUACUUGCGCGAUAUCGAAUACAAGAGUACCUUGAGAUAUAUCGAUUUCUGAAGGUUCCUACAAUUAAAGAUUGUUAGUUCCUAAUGCUGUUUGUAACUUAUGUUCCUUUCCAGUCCUGCUUAUGCAAGUCUGUUGUUUUUUUUUUGUUUCUAUAAACGGUAGUUAUACAAUAAUGAAAAUUGGGAUAUAUAUUGACGAGGCAAAGAACCACACGUGUCGUUAUACUUAUAUUAAUAUAGAGUUAUCGCUUGUCCCAUCGUAAUUAUUAUCGUUGUUGUCCUCUUAUUCUUAACGUGCAAAAACUAUGUAUACAUACAUAUAUUAUAUCUUUGUGUCGAAUAGUUGUAACGUACUACAAUAAUAUGAUGUUUGAAUUGAGAUUGCGUUAUACGGAUGAGGAUCGACGUACGACGAAAUAUAAAAUUAAAGUAAAAUAAGAAAUAAGAAUGCAAAUAUAUAUAUAUUAUUAUCGACAAAGGAAUAUAACUUGAACAAUCUGACUGUAGAAUAGAACAUUAAAUUUGAUUUAAAAAAAAAAAAGACAGAUUGCAGCAUUCGAAAAUAUUUGCACGUAUGGAUUAUUCAGAGAGAUAUAAAAAAGUAUAUGAAAUAUAAAGGAGAUUUAUCAUUUUUUAUACGUGAAUUUUUCAUCACGUAUCAAUAUGUUAUGAUGAAACUGUAACUUGAUUUUGGUGAUUCUAUAAAAUCUCUGACGACUUUGUAGAAUCAGUGACUAUCUUGGUGUGAACGAAAAAAAUAAAAAGAUUCUUUCAAUUAGGUAGGAUUUUAUAAAUGUUCUCUGGCGAUAUUAUAAUAUCAAUUGUUUAAUAUUUUAUUAUUAAUAAAAUUAAUAAAAAUAAUGUGAUUUUAUAAUAUAAGAAACCACCAGUGAAUAUAUUUGAUUAAAAAUUUCUAUUACACGCACGAACAUAAUCAAUGAUUCUACAGAGAAUUACCAGUGCUUUUAUAAAAACACCAAUUAAUCACUUUCAAGAUACGGAUCUCCAUUUUUUUUUUUUUUUGCUUCCUCAUAGAGGAAGCUUUGUUUUAUUUUUUUUUUUUCAUUACUUUAGUCAUUGCCAUAUAAUAUACUGCCAUACGUUAUACUGAUUACAAUUUAAACUCUGAUAUUUAUUUUUGUCUCUUAUAUCCUGUUCUCACGUUUCAUGUCUCGAUCUUUUCGUUGGGAAGAUAAUAUGCGCAUGACUAAUCAAUCGAAUUCUAUUAAAAGAGAUACAUUUUAUAUUAUCAAGCAGUUUUAGAAUUUCUACUAAAAUACAAUGUCGAUCAUCGGCCGUACUCCGUAUCCCAAUCAUUCGAGUACUCGACGAAAUGUACCUAUAAUUACGUAUACUUGUUCGUAUAUUUACAUGUAAUUAAGUUGAUAUCUAUAUAUAAUUUUGUACAGCCAAUCGCGCGGUGCGCGGGAAUUCGAGCGAAUUCGCCAAUUGACAGUGCCAAUUUUCCGCGGCGACAAGAAUGCGCGCAAAAAAAAAAAAAAAA